UUCCCUGUAUUUUUUCUGGGCAAGGAGAAGCCAAGCCAUCGAUACAAUACAAUCAAUCAAUUCUUUAAAAAUCCCAACCCUGAUAUUUUCCCUCUCCGCCCCCUCUUUCUAUUGCUCUGUCUCACACAAGAGAAUUCCUUAGCUUCUUCAUCUGCGAUGGAGAGGGCAGUUGUGCUUCGCUCUCUAUCGUGCUGUUCUCUAGCUUGUAACAGAUUCUCCUUCCGUUCAUGUCGCGGCAGGCACUCUCGUCCGUCUGUCUUAUCCCGCUCUUCCUCUUCUUUUUCUACCGUUUCUGCUCGCAGUCACCAUCGUCAGAUUCCCGGUCUAACCAGGCGCUCCCUGCUGCGCCGCUACUGCAGAUUGGUUCCAACUGUUUCUUCUCCUCUUCGCUUCCAAAAACACUUCUCUUCUCUCUCGACUCAAGCCAUAGCCUCUCCUCCCACUCAAUACUCUUCAGAUGCUGUUGGUGUCCCAAAUGAGGUUGCUGAGAAGCUUGGAUUUGAGAAAGUAUCAGAAGAGUUUAUAGAAGAAUGUAAAUCAAAAGCAACGCUUUUCCGACAUAAAAAAACUGGUUGCGAGGUUAUGUCAGUUUCCAAUGUCGAUGAGAAUAAAGUUUUCGGCAUUGUUUUUCGAACUCCUCCGAAAGAUUCCACUGGAAUCCCUCACAUAUUGGAGCACAGUGUAUUGUGCGGAUCAAGGAAGUAUCCUUUGAAAGAGCCAUUUGUUGAAUUGUUGAAAGGAAGUUUGCAUACGUUUCUAAAUGCAUUCACAUAUCCGGAUAGGACUUGCUAUCCAGUUGCUUCCACAAAUACAAAGGAUUUCUAUAAUUUGGUGGAUGUGUACUUGGAUGCUGUAUUCUUCCCCAAAUGUGUGGAUGACCUCCAGAUUUUUCAACAGGAGGGUUGGCAUUAUGAGCUUGACAAUCCAACGGAAGAAAUAUGUUUUAAAGGUGUUGUUUUCAAUGAGAUGAAAGGUGUCUAUUCCCAGCCUGAUAAUAUAUUGGGGAGGACUGCUCAACAGGCUCUCUUUCCGGACAAUACUUAUGGUGUUGAUAGUGGGGGUGAUCCAAAUGUCAUUCCCAAACUAACAUUUGAGGAAUUUAAGGAGUUUCACCGCAAAUAUUACCACCCCAGCAAUGCGAGGAUAUGGUUUUAUGGUGAUGAUGAUCCAAUUGAACGCCUACGCAUCCUGAGUGAAUAUCUAGAUAUGUUUAGUGCAAGUCCAGCGCCCAAUGAAUCACAGGUUAAACCGCAGAAGCUUUUCUUGGAGCCAGUCAGGAUUGUAGAGAAAUAUCCUGUUGGUGAAGAUGGUGAGUUGAAAAGGAAGCACAUGGUGUGUCUUAACUGGUUGCUUUCUGACAAGCCCUUGGAUUUGGAAACUGAGCUUGCGCUUGGGUUUCUGGACCAUCUUAUGUUGGGAACUCCUGCUUCUCCCUUGAGGAAAAUCUUGCUUGAAAGUGGUCUUGGAGAUGCCAUUGUUGGUGGUGGGAUUGAGGACGAGCUUCUUCAGCCUCAAUUCAGUAUUGGGUUGAAAGGUGUUUCUGAGGAUGACAUUCAAAAAAUUGAACAACUAGUCAUGAGUACACUCAAAAAGUUGGCAGAGGAAGGAUUUGAUACAGAUGCUGUCGAAGCAUCCAUGAAUACAAUUGAGUUCUCUCUGAGGGAAAACAACACUGGGUCAUUUCCUCGUGGCUUGUCACUGAUGCUUCGAUCGGUGGGAAAGUGGAUAUAUGAUAUGAACCCCUUUGAGCCGUUAAAGUAUGAGAAACCUUUGAUGGAUCUAAAAGACAGAAUAGCUAAGGAAGGCUCUAAAGCUGUUUUUUCUCCACUAAUUGAGAAAUUCAUCUUGAACAAUCCACACUGUGUUACAGUCGAGAUGCAGCCUGAUCCAGAGAAAGCUUCUCGUGAUGAAGCUGCUGAGAAAGCAAUUUUGGAUAAUGUUAAAGCAAGUAUGACAGAAGAAGAUCUUGCUGAGCUUGCACGUGCCACCCAAGAGCUAAGAUUGAAGCAGGAAACUCCUGAUCCACCGGAAGCUCUAAGAACUGUUCCUAGCCUUUCUCUACAAGACAUUCCAAAGGAACCUAUACAUGUUCCUACAGAGGUUGGGGAAAUAAAUGGAGUAAAAGUUUUACAGCAUGACCUCUUCACAAAUGAUGUCCUCUACACUGAAAUAGUCUUUAAUAUGAGUUCCCUGAAGCAAGAACUACUUUCUUUGGUUCCUCUUUUCUGUCAAUCAUUGCUGGAGAUGGGUACAAAAGAUCUGAGUUUUGUGCAGCUUAAUCAGUUGAUUGGGAGGAAAACUGGAGGAAUUUCAGUUUAUCCUCUUACAUCAUCAAUACGAGGCAGGAAGGAUCCCUGUAGCCGUAUGAUUGUUCGGGGUAAAGCCAUGGCAGGAUGUGCUGAGGACCUUUUUAACUUGAUUAAUUGUAUUCUCCAAGAAGUCCAAUUUACGGAUCAGCAGCGGUUUAAACAGUUUGUUUCUCAAAGCAAAGCAAGGAUGGAGAACCGAUUAAGAGGCAGUGGUCACGGAAUUGCUGCCACCAGGAUGGAUGCAAAGCUAAAUGUUGCAGGGUGGAUCUCUGAACAAAUGGGCGGUGUCAGCUACCUGGAAUUCCUACGAACUCUUGAAGACAAAGUUGAACAAGAUUGGGAUGAAAUUUCUUCAUCUCUUGAGGAGAUUCGUAAAUCCUUGCUUUCAAGGAAUGAUUGUUUGAUAAAUAUGACCGCUGAUGGAAAAAAUCUCACCAGCUCAGAAAAAUAUGUUAGUAAGUUUCUUGAUUUGCUUCCCAGAAGUUCUCCUGUUGAAAACUCUGCUUGGAAUGCACAACUUCCUUCAAUAAAUGAAGCUAUUGUGGUGCCAACACAGGUUAAUUAUGUGGGCAAAGCGGCUAAUAUAUAUGAUACCGGCUAUCAGCUUAAUGGAAGUGCUUAUGUUAUUUCAAAAUACAUAAGUAACACAUGGUUGUGGGAUCGUGUACGUGUCAGUGGUGGGGCUUAUGGAGGUUUCUGUGACUUUGAUACUCACUCAGGAGUAUUUUCCUUCCUUUCCUAUCGGGACCCGAACCUGUUAAAGACACUUGAUGUGUAUGAUGGAACGGGGGUUUUUCUACGUGAUUUAGAGAUGGAUAAUGAUACUCUUACGAAAGCAAUCAUUGGGACCAUUGGAGAUGUGGACGGAUACCAGUUGCCUGAUGCCAAAGGUUACAGUAGUAUGUUACGAUACAUAUUGGGAAUCACAGAAGACGAAAGGCAAAGGAGACGUGAAGAGAUAUUGUCAACAAGUUUGAAGGAUUUCAAGGAAUUCGGCGAUGCAAUUGAGACUCUUAAAGAUAAAGGAGUUGUGGUAGCGGUUGCUUCUCCCGACGAUGUUGAUGCUGCUAACAAAGAGCGUUCUAACUUCUUUCAAGUAAAGAAAGCACUAUAAUAUCCAGGAACAUUACUUUGAUAACAAGCAACUCUUACCUAAAAUUUUUUAUUCCUCCUGUAUGAGAUGCCAAGAUUAUCCCUCAUAAUUUUUCAUUGCGAUUUGAAACUAAAUAAGAGUUGCACUGUCACACAUUCUUAAUCUAUGAUUUGGUGAUUAUUGUCAAGAGAGUUUCACAGUUUAAGGACUAUGAUUCUUUGAUUGUAUAAAAUUUUAAAACUCCUCGUUCUCAAUAGGAGAAUAUGUUUUAACAUUCAAAGAGUUUCACACUUGGC